CUAACCUGCUCAUCUCGUUCGCCGCGCCCUCCUUGGUGACCGUCUUGAUAUACCCGGGUCAUACUACCGACACUGAUAACGACGAUGGAAUCGCCAACACCAGCAGCCGCGGCUCUCAUCCGUAAGAAGCGCAACUUUAAGGCUCUGCAGCUCGAUGUGUCCAAGUCCCAGACACCAUCUCCGACGGAGCCCGCGCCGACGAGGCUGGCUCCCGCGCCAGGUGCUGGCGCAGGCGGAAAGAAGCGGCCGCCACCGAUGAAGCUGGCCGCACCCAAGAUCAACGCCAACGGUACCACAGCCGAGCAGAACGAGCCGGCGGAGGGCGGUCCAACUUCCGCGCCGGCAACAGGCAACAAGUCGACCAACCGCAUGACGUACCACAGUGCACUGUCGCACACGCUUGCGAACCUCGAUCUUAAAUCGGAGAACAAGUAUCACGACUUGCGGAACGAGGACCUCAAGGACCUUCACGAGCUCGGCCAAGGCAAUGGUGGGAGUGUCAAGAUGGUCGAGCACGUCCCGACGAACACGAUCAUGGCGAAGAAGAUUGUCCUCAUCGACGCCAAGCCGGCUGUACGAAAACAGAUCCUCCGCGAGCUGCAAAUUAUGCAUGAUUGCAACUCGCAAUACAUUAUCUCAUUCUACGGCGCGUUUAUUUCAGACCCAAAUAUCUGCAUUUGCAUGGAGUUCAUGGACAAGGGCUCUCUCGACGGUAUAUACAAGAAGAUUGGGCCGAUUGACGUUGACGUGGUGGGAAAGGUAGCGCUGGCAGUGCUCGAAGGGCUCACAUAUCUGUAUGACGUGCACCGGAUUAUCCACCGUGAUAUCAAGCCGUCAAAUAUCCUAUUCAACUCGAAGGGCCAGAUUAAGAUCUGCGACUUUGGUGUCUCAGGCGAGCUCAUCAACUCCAUCGCGGACACGUUUGUCGGCACAUCAACCUACAUGAGCCCUGAGCGGAUACAGGGUGCUCAGUACACGGUCAAGUCGGACGUGUGGUCGCUGGGCAUCUCGCUCAUCGAGCUCGCGCUCGGCCGGUUCCCCUUUUCGGACAGCGCGUCGGACGACUCGGACCUUUCCGACUUUGAGAACACGCUCUCGCCGAGCCGGCCGCGGGGCCUCGCGCUGCGGAGCGCGGAGGAGGCCCGCGCAGAGAAGGAGAAGCGCGACAAGAAGAAGAAGCGGAAGAGCAAGGGCGUCAGCCUCCAGGGCGGCGGCAUGACGAUGAGCAUCCUCGAGCUUCUACAGCACAUCGUGAACGAGCCCGCGCCGCGCCUGACCCCCGAGGGCCGCUUCCCGAAGGAGGCAGAGGACUUUGUCGACAGCUGCCUGUUCAAGGAGCCCGACGAGCGGAAAACGCCCAAGGAGCUCCUCAAACACCCGUGGGUCGAGGGCUCGCGGACAAGCGGCUUCGACCUCGUCGCCUGGGCGUCGACAUUUUAGACCUAUCUAAUCUGAUAUCAUGCAGCCAAGGCACAC